CUGCGCCAUCCUCAGCUCCCGAACCUCUCCAGGGAUCCGCUUCUGUUGCUACCGCUACGAUUCCUCAACACUUUUUUUUUUUUUAAAUAAAAAAAAAAAGUUAUAUAUAUAAUAUAUAUUAAGCUUGGAUAAGUUUGUCCUCCCGUAUUAAACGACUUCUUUUUGGUGGACGGCUAUUUAUCGCCGCUUUCUUUUUACUCUCCUGCAGGUAGAAUAAAAUGACCGAUGCAAGGUGUAGAAAUCCACUGCAGGUACGGACGGAGCUGAGAAGCAUGUGAUCUCUGGAGGAGCAGGCUUGGGUUUGUGGGCUAACUUAGUUGUUGGUGCGCAAAACUAAGAGGAUAAUUUUUAGAGUUGUAUUUUUUGGAGAGGUCGAAUACUGAUUUCCACGCUUGGCAUUGCGUUUUUUCGGGAAGUGGAGGAGACUGAGCAGAGAAGAAAUAAUCAUCUGGAUAAUUUCCCUCAACAAGGAAGCACCCAAUGUUGCACUCCGUAACUCUGCCGCUGUUGUCCCGUCAACUGUCCUUACACUGGGAUCCAAUCUCCUACUUACCCCCGGAGUUGUGUGCGUAAAAUACGCGCAGGGGAGCGAAACGGAGCGAGAGAGGGGGGCGAUUUCGCCAACCUUUCCUUAGGCUAAAUCUGUGGAAGCAGAUGUAUUUCAGCUGUAUUUCUGCAAGUCAAGAUGUCUCUGCUGCCUUCGAGGUUCAUAUACCUGUGUUUACAUUUUCUGGUGUUCUAUUUCCAACUGCAGGAAUCGCAGCAGAGCUCUGCUGAUUUCAGGUUUUACAUCGAAAACCACACCAGAAACCCAGACGACCUGAGCCGGAAGCAGGUCCGGAUCUAUCAGCUCUAUAGCAGAACCACCGGCAAACACGUCCAGAUCUUGGGGAAGAAAAUCAACGCCAAUGGAGAUGAUGGGGGCAAGUAUGCUCUCCUUAUUGUGGAGACAGAAACCUUCGGGAGCCACGUCCGAAUAAAAGGAAAAGAGAGCGAACACUACAUUUGCAUGAAUGACAAGGGCAAAAUAGUUGGAAGGCCUGAUGGAAGGAAGCAGGAGUGCGUCUUUAUCGAGGAAUUCCUGGAGAACAACUACACGGCUCUCGUCUCGGCGAAGUACAAAGGAUGGUACCUCGGCUUCAAUCGAAAGGGGCGGCCUAAGAAAGGCUCACGGACCACGCAAAGACAACAGGAAGUCCACUUUAUGAAGCGGCAGCCGAAGGGCAAGGUGGACCCACUGCAGGAGUUUCGCUUCACCACAGUAACUAAGCGGACACGAAGGGCUCGGCGGUUAAAAUCCAACGCGAAGAGGAACUGACAACAAACUCCAGCCUUAUCACCUGUAGUAUGUAUUUACCUGUCUCAUGGCAGAUUUUUGUAUGAGUUGCUACUAACAACAUGACACGUUUAUGAUUUUUUUUUUUUUAAACAAAUGUAAGCAAAAAAUAAUUUUAUGACUAUUAUUAAGAUAUUUAUUGCCUCUCUUUGUAAAUAAAAUGUGAGUUUUAUUUGGCCUCUUAAUAAAAUGAGGACUA